AUGUGUGACCCUUAUGUUGACACCACGUUGGAGGACUGGUUCCAGAGAUAUCUGGACCAGGAAUCUUCUCCUCCUGCACCUCCUGAGGAGGCACAGGAUUUGUAUGAUUCCUUCAUCCCGGACUUUGUCUGUCCUGAGGACACAGAUGGGCCUCUGGAAGUCCCUCCAGACUCUCCUCUCCUUCCCACCUACAGCGUUCCUCCAGUGGUCCCUCCCUACACCGAUGCUCCUCCCACCUGCGAGGCCCCUCCUCCCAAUCCUCCUCUGCCACCAUCCUUCAUCCCCACCAUCACUGACACUCCUCCCACCUGUGAGGCCCCUCCUCCCAAUCCUCCUCUGCCACCAUCCUUCAUCCCCACCAUCACCGACGCUCCUCCACCAGUCCGUCCCCGCACUCCUUCCCCACCCAGACCUCACAUAAAAAAACCGCCAAACUCAUUUAUGCUGUUUCGCCAGGAGCAGCGCCCCCUUGUGGCGGCACAGAAUAAUAUCACCGACUGUGCCGCCAUCAACAAAAUUCUGGGACAGAUGGUGAGUGUUGUGUGCACACUCCUGCACGUGCACAAUCUUGUCGUUGUGUCAGUGUUGACUAACGGUGUGUUUUCGUCUGUUUGCAGUGGAAAUCACUUUCUGAAAUCGAAAAAGAAAAAUAUCGCAGACAGCAGAAAGAGUUGAGCGAGCGACAUUAUGAGCUCCACCCAGACUGGAUG